UGCCCUAAAUUUGCAUAUCCAAUUUCCUACAUUGCUAGAUGCUAAUAUUAAGCUUCGGUGCAUGGGAUGAAAGGCUGUGUGGAUAAGGCUAUUAUAUCAUCCCACCACUGAAUAUCAAAGGGCUCCAUCUCAGUAGCAUCAAGAGUUGUGAAGCAGGAUUUGAGUUUGAAUCCAUUCGGAGAAGAGUGGAAGAAUUGAAUGCGGUGGGGCGACCUGGAAACCGUGAAUCCAUCGCAUUGUUUGUUUCUGGUUGUGGUGAUAUUCUCGCCAUGGCGCUUUCAUGGUUCUUCUUGCACUGAGUGUGGGACAGUUGAAUUUGAAGCUCAUGGGGUUAUGUCCAGGUUGUGUUUGGAACGGUAUGAGAAGUGAGAGUCAACUUUCGGCAUUGUAGUUUGUGAGUGUGGAGUUUCUGCGGCGUCGGUGAGUUGGGAGCUAUGGCUACGAUGAAAGCCACAAUGGUUGUAUCGUCGUCUUUUUGUGUAGGCAGAAGUAGUAUCCAUGGCACUAGGUUGGGUCAUUGCAAGGAGACAGAGCGCAUUGCUUGUGGAUUUAAUCCAGUCCGCUCUGAGUUCACGAGACGCAUCAGUGCGUCGGUGACACUACCAUCGGUGGACGAUAGAGUGGAUAGGAAGCCCUUGGUGUCGACCGAGCAGGUGGGCGCGACGGAGGUGGGGCAGAGGCAGCAACUAUUCAACAAGGUUGCACCUAUGUAUGAUAGCUUGAACGAUUGGCUGAGCUUGGGGCAACACCGAGUAUGGAAGCGCAUGGCGGUAGCGUGGAGCGGCGCGAAGAGAGGGGAUCGAGUUUUGGACAUUUGCUGCGGCAGCGGUGAUGUGUCUUUCCUUCUUGCGGAGAAAGUGAAGCCCACCGGGAACGUUGUAGGAUUGGAUUUCGCCCAGGAGCAGCUGGAUGUCGCCGCCCGGCGAGAGGACGACUCGAACUUGUGUUCAAAGAUUGAAUGGCGAUUGGGAGAUGCGCUUGCUUUGCCCUUCGAUGAGGGCAGCUUUGAUGCUGUCACCAUGGGCUACGGUCUGCGAAAUGUGGCUAGCGUGCCGUUGGCGUUGAAGGAGAUUCGGAGUGUGCUUAAGCCUGGUUCAAAGGCUUCGAUUCUUGAUUUCAAUCGUAGCGAGAAUGAUAGUGUGGUGCAUUUUCAGGGUUGGAUGCUGGAUAAUUUGGUAGUUCCUGGGGCGUCUCUGUUUGGUUUGGCGGAUGAGUACGCAUAUUUGAAGACGUCGAUAGCGCGGUUUCCCACGGGUCCCCAGCAAGAGGAGUUCGCCAUGGCGGCUGGCUUUUCGAAGGCUGUUCACUAUGAAAUUGCGGGCGGGCUAAUGGGAGUCCUGGUUGUGACCAAGUAGACUGGACAACUCUCUAACCACACCUUGAAGUAUUCCUGCAAAUAUUAGAAUCACGGAAACUGAAUUCUAAAGCAAGAUGUACCCGGAAGACCAGACAAGCAGAAUUUUGGGAGAUGUCGUCACAUCAGAACAGAGUAUAUGUUGGAAAGAAGUAAUAUAAAGGUAUAUGUUUGUGCGAGUCGACAGGUGACUUGCGAAACAAAUUUGGAAUCGAAUGGAGCCAGAAUAGGUAGCUUGCGAAGGAAAUAGAAGAGCAGAGGGCUAUCAAGUAAUCCUGGAAUUCAGUCACUGUAAUACAUUUCUUCAAUGCAGCUGACGAAGUCUCGAUUCGCAUACUUCGGGCACAAAUAGUCAAAACUAA